AUAUUUACUUUUCACUAAAUGUGAUUGAGUAUAUCUGGCUCUGUCACUCACUUAUAAUCUUACCAAUGCUAGUGAUUUCAACAUGGAAGACUUCUCUUUGUCACUAAAAGUGAUAUUGUUCAUUCUUGUACUAUGGAAAAAUCAGAUAAUCCAUCGGCAAAAUGUCCUGAUAUUUUGUCCAGUCAGGGUUCUAAAACAAAUUCAGCUACAAGUCAAAAUAAUAAUAACGAUGCUUGUCGGACUGAUAAUGUAACAACUGAAGAACGACCAGUUGAAACAAUCACUGAAGAUUUGGAACCUGCUUUACGACGCAGUAAACGUGGUAAAGGCAGACCUAGCAACACUCAUAAUGCAAACAACAAUAAUAAUGAUGGAACUUCAGACGAUCAUGUCCCUUCAUGCAUUAUUUCGGGUACUGAAUAUCACACAGGUGAUUUUGUUUAUUAUGAAGAACCAGAUUUUGAAUAUUAUACAAUUGGUUUAAUUGAAGAAAUUAAAGUAUCUAGACGUGAUAAAUUUUCAAUAUUUAUUAAAUGUUUUUAUCGUACACGUGAUAUACCGGAUAUUUCGAAACAAGGUCUUCCUGAUCGAGAUCAUUAUCCAAUUCAUUCAAAUAUUAAAUUAAUUCGUGAUAUAUUUGCUCGUGAAUUAUUUGUCUCUGAAGUUCAAGAGACUUUACCAGCUAAACAACUUCGUGGUUUAUGUAAAGUGAAUUAUUUACCCGAUUUAAAAACUGCAUUAUCUACAUUUUCUCCAGAAGAAGAUGAUAGUUUUUUCUAUGUAUUUGCAUAUAAUCCUGAAACUCGUCGUUUAUCGAAAAUCCGUGCAGAAAUACGAGUUGGACAAGCCUAUCAAGCUUUAUUGCCUGAAUUUCGUCAUUCUCCACCAGCUAAGUAUCGCUUUGGACAUAGUCGAGGCAGUUUUCGAUCAAUUAAACGAAGUCGCAAAUCAAAAAUGACAUUGGAAACAUCAUACAAAUCUAACCAAGAUGUUAAUACACUUAAAUCAAUGAAGUCAGUUGCUGCUUCUAAUGCUACUGCUGAUAGUAGUAAUAAUAAUGAUAGUUUAACAAAUCAACCAACAAUCAAUGAUACAUUGAAUAUUUCUAAUCCUGACAAUAAUUCUACUAUUUCAAUGUUGAAUAAUAAUAAAACACUAAAAACAUCUUUAGAAUUAUCACCAACUGAUAACAAUCUUAUUAGUAGUAAUAAUCAUGUCACUUGUGAAAUAGAUACUAUACCAAAUUUAUCAGAAGAUAUGAAAAAUUCUGAAGAUAACAAUGUUGAAAUAGAUGUUCAACAACAACAACAACAAAUGGAUACACAAAAUUCCAUACAACUGUUAAAUUUACCGCCAAAAUUAGAGAAUGCAAAUGACUUUAAAGAUUCUUUAAGCACUAUAACUACUACUGAUUAUUCUCAUUGUAGAAAGCAUCAUUCUUUGUGUAUGCACAAGAAUAAUUCAUAUUACACGAAACAAUUACAUCAUCAUCGGAAAAAACGACAUCGUCGGUUACGGCGGCGGUGGCGUCAGCAACAAUCACAAUGCAAAGAGGUACUUGUAUGGAGUCCUGGUGGUCUAUCCUCUGCUCUGUCUGGUACAUCUAAGAAAUUUGAUUUUUCAAAUAACACUGCUUAUAAUCAUAAUAACAUUAAUGUUAAUGAUAUCAAUGACAAUUUUAGUAAUGUAUCAAAUAACAUCAGCACUGAUUUCAAUUCUAUGCUUUCCGACGAACCAUUAAAGAAUUAUUUAGAUGCUGUACGAUCAAUGGUGGCAUUUUUCGGAUUUGGUGGCGCUGAUGAUGAUUUAGCAUCAGCUGAAAAUGGUCUGGUACUGGCUAAUUUAGCUGCAACAACACAACAUGCUUAUGAUACAUUACAUAAGUGUAAUUAUUCAUUAAGAAAUGCCCUGCAGGCGAUAUCAUGUAAUCCUAUUGUAGCUAAGGAUACACCUAGGCAUUGGACAACAGAUCAAGUUCGUUUAUUUGCACAUGCUUUACGUAUUCAUGGUAAAGAUUUUUUUAAAAUUCAACGAAAUUUCUUUGGUGGGAAAACAUUCGUUAAUAAUAAUAAUGAUAAUAAUAAUAACAACAAUAACUCUACCGGCAAUAAUGGAAAUAAUGUAAAUGGUGUUGGUCUCUUGAAUUCAAGUCAAGUUGGCAAUGGACGUUUACGUGGUCGUGGUCGUCGUAAAUUGGGCGGCACCGGCGGUAGUGGUGUCUGUUCAAGUGCAUCUACAUUGAAAUUAUCCAGUUUAAAAUCAGAUGAAAUCGGCAGUAGUACCUCAGUAGCAACAGUGCUACCGAGUAAAUUGGAUGAAGUUAAACCAGAGGAUGCUACAUUUGUACCUACCUCUGGGUCAUCACAUGACGGUGGAGAAUCAGUUGAAAACGGUAUUGUGUCAGGAUCCACCACAUUGAAAGGAUCAAAUUGCAAUGAUGAAAGUACUCUAUCCACAAGUCUUCCUGUCACAAAUGAACCAAUCAAGACUGUUAAGGAAUUGAUAGCUUUUUAUUAUUAUUGGAAGCGGAAAGGUACAUCGUCGUGCUCAUCCUCAUCCUCAUCAGCAUCGAUUAGUGGUGUAGGGGGUGGUGGACAUGGGGGUCUGAGUUCAGUUGCAGCGAAUUUUGCAACUGCAGUAGUUGCGGCCACACUUAACACUACUACUACUGAUACUAGUGUCGCUGGUGCUAAUAAUAAUCAUAUCCCAUCUUCAUUAAGCGGAAAUACAACUCCUUUCGAAUCAGCUAAUAAUAUGAAUGGUAGUGCAUUCUCUACUCAAGCUCAUAUCACUUCUGUCAGUGUUAAGAAAAGGAAACCAACUAAUCGUGGUUGUGUUCUAACUAAACAAGCUUGGCUUGGUAUCAUUGAGCAUCGUAAAGCUGCGGAGUAUGAACUACGAAGAUUAUUAACACUGAAAUAUGAAAUGAAUGAUAAUCAUAAUAAUCAUAAAAAGAAUGAUGAAUUACAACAUCAAAAAACUGUCAAUUAUUCAAAAUCAACAUUGAUUAAUGAUGAUAAAUCAGAGUCGAUUGAUCCAAGUCAUCCUGAAUCAGAAAUUGAAGAGAAUUAUGAUUUAGCGAACACUGGGCAUGAUGAUGUUGAUAUACCUGUGACAUCUGGUGAGAAAGCAGAAGAAAUUACACCGGUUUCUACAACAUCAAAUGCAGAUUCACUGUCAACUAGUCGAUCACGUAAACGUGUAUGUAGAAAUUGUUCUGUGGAGUUGGCAUCUACUGGGGAAAGUCCGCCUUCACCCAUGCCUAAUCAUCAUCAGUUGGGACAAUUACGACUUCUUUGUUCUGAUUGUCGUAUUUAUUUACAAAAAUACGGUGAAUUGAAGUGUACAUUGAAAGAAGAGGAAAUUAAUAAUCCAUCUGAAACGCUGAAUUCAAUAUCCAAUGAUGGAAAGCUUCAAAAGAAAGAAUCAAAUGAUAGGAAUCUUGCAGACACCAUUGAAGAAGAUGAAUUAGAUGUUAGACAUGGAAUGAAAGAUGAUCCUUCAAGUGAAAUCACUGUUAAUCCCGUGUUGGAUGACAUAAAACCAACAUAUUCAUUAACAACAUCAUCUGCAACAAAUUAUCGGAGAAAACAUAAGAAACAUUCAUUAGAUCGAUUGAAGAAACAAUCUCAUUCUGAUAAUUACGACUCAUCAACUAGCUUUUCAUCAUCUUCUUCAUUAUGUUCGCUUAAUUUACACAUGGAUAAACAUUAUUCUACUUCAUCGUCAGCUUCAUCAUCGCCGAAAUCAUCUCAGUUAGAAGAUGAAGAAGUAGACGAGGAAGAGGAUUCAGACUCUAUUGGAUCUGAUUAUGAAUCUAACAGUUCACCCAGUUGUAGUAGUAUUGCUAGUUCCAUUAGUUGUGAAUCGCCUUUAAUACAUCAUGAAUUGAAUGAAAUUAACUCAGAAUGUCCUAGUUAUCGUCAUAUGAAAGAAAAAGACGAAAAAAUUCACAUCUACGUAUUAAAGCCACCGCCUAAAUUGGAUGAUAAUAGAGACUAUGAUUGUAACGAAGAUAAUCAAUGCUUCUCUAUUCAACCUAAGAUUGAUACUAAUGAUUCUCAUUGUUCUGAUACUACUAAGACUGCUUUACAAUCAUCAGAGAUUCUUUCAAGUUCCAAUCUUAUUGAUUCACGUGAUACAAAGGGACAUAUUUCCAACGUAUUGUAUUCCAACACGACUAAUAAUAAUAGUAGUGGUAGUACUAAUAAACUUGAUGAACUAAAGAAAGACUCUACAAUGAAAUUAUCAGCUCAUAUCGAUAUUAAGAAUAAUGGUGAUCGACAAUCGCCUGGAGAAAUUGAUGAUCAACAACGGAAUUAUGAUGCUGAUGAUGACGAUAAUAGUAUGCCUGAAUUAGAAAUCGAUAAGUUAAUCACUGCAACUAACGAAUCAAAUCCACUAUCCUGUUUCAUAGAUGCACAUCGUUCCACCUGGUCACAUCUUGUACGUAUCUGGGAUAGACAAAUACAAUAUUCACAUACAACAACUACUCCUGGAACAGAUUAUCAAUCAACAAAGAUUGAAACAAAUAUUGGUUCAUGUGCUCGUACGGAUUUAGUAUAUUGUGGCAGAGGAUUAGAUGAUAUUUCACUGAAUAAUCGAGAAUUUUGGAAUAUGCAAAAAUGUAAUUUAUUCACAAAAUAUGCUGAUACAGCUAUUGGACCUGGUGUUAAUCUUUAUCUUUCAUCAUCUCUACCAAGUACUUUGGAUAAUUCAAUAAAUGUAAUCAGUAGUGAAUCAAUAACUAAGUCGGAAAUAUUAAAUUUAACUUCACCUAAUGUGAACUAUACAAAUAUGUCGUGUAAUCCAUCUCCAGGUAUUCAUGAUUCAUCAUCGACUGCACUUGAUUUAUGCUCACGUAAUAGUUCCAAACGAUCAUUUAUUCCAUCAUCAACAACAGAACAACCAUGUACAAAAUCUCGUCGAUCAUUUCAAUGUGAUACUAUCAAUAAUCCUUAUCUGCAUUCGAUCUCAUUAAAUGUUCCAAAUACCAAUACAUCUUGUUCUACCAUGUUGAAUAGUAGUAGUAAUACUAUAUCCAAUUCACAAAUACUGCCAACAGGAGCUGAAUUGAGACCGACUGUCAACAACACUACUACUACUAAUAAUAAUAAUAUGUCAAGCCAACAACAACGACAACUCCAAACUAUGUAUGAACAAGCGUUAAUAUUUGCUGCAGCUGCGGCAGGUCAUUAUCAACAUAGUCCUCCUGUUCCUCCUGGUCCAGUACGCGACACAUGUAAAUUUUUCCCAAAUAAUUUUGAAUUGAAUAAUCAAAUGAAACAGUCACCCGUUGUAUCUUCUCCAAAUCUACGUUUUAUAAGCUCAAAUAAUAGUAGUAGUAAUAACAGUAAUAAUCCUUUAAUGUCAACUAGACUAGGUGCUGCAACUGGAACAUUCUAUCCACCAAUUUCUUCUCUGUCAACUUCAACUGGUAUCUCGUCCUCAUUAUCGUCUGGCAAUAAUAAUAAUAAUACUUUCGGAAUAAAUAAACCAUCGAUUAGUGGUGCUCCAUUUAACUUCAACCUAACUGAUUCUCAAUACCAAUCAUUAAAUCUUCCACCGCCACAGAUGGCUAUGUCCGCUAGUGGUGUCGGUUCUACGUCUAUUCUUCACGGAUCAAAUUUCAACCCUACUACUGGUAGUAGUAUUAGUAGUAGUUACAAUGGCUUGGGAUCUUCAUCUUCCAACUCAUCAGUGCCAGGAAAUCAACUUUAUAAUCAUCCAGAGAUUUUACAACGGCAAUUAGCUUUGAUGGGAUUACUUCCACCUGGUUCAAUACCUCCUGAACAUAUGAUGCCUAUUACAUCAGUAGAACAACGUGAAAUUGAAGCAUUUCAACGAUUAAUGACUGAAAGACUUGAAUAUUUAAGAAAUACUACAAAUAAUAAUAAUCCACAACAACAGCGUACUAUAACUCCAGUUGAACAAAUUUAUCAACAUCAUCAACAACAACAAGAACUUUUUGCUACUGCAUAUUCAGCUGAAAUGGCUUCAAGACUUGAAAGUAUGUCUUCUAUUUAUUCAAAUCAAGAUUGUCUAUUCCCUUUAUCAUUUAAUUUAUCACAUUGUGAAACUAAUAAUGGUGCAAUGACAUCUGCAGUGAAUAGUAUAUCUACUCGACCUACAGCUUCUGUUCAAUUACCACAAAAUACACGUUUUCCACAAUCAUUUCAAUGUAAUACUCCAUUGUUAACUAAUCGUUUUCCUACAAAUCAUUCAGAUAUUCAUAAUAUCAAUAAAACACCACCAAUGGCACAUCAUAAUUCUUCAUAUUCUACAUCUCGUGAUAGUUCUACAAAUUUAAAUGUUAAUAUUUCACCUAUGUCAUUAAAUGUAGUACCUACUCGUGCUCAACCAAAUAUACCUUUUAGUACACCUAUUUCUCACGGGACUAAUCGAUCAACAGCACGUAAUUCAAAUACUCAGUCAUUGUCAUCAUCAUCAUCGUCUUCUUCCAAUUUACAGGAACAAGUAUUGAAUGCUGCUAAACUGGCUAUGAUGGCUGCUAAUAUGCAGUCUGAUCCGAACAAAGCAUUAACAUUUGCAAGUUUAGCUGCGGCAGCUUUCACAGAAAUGGCAUCAUCAUCACAAGAUAAAAAGUUACCGUCACGUAGUAAUGAUCAUUCAUCAUCAUCUCAUCAUUCAUUGUCUGGAAUUCAAGAGAAUUUAUCACAAAGAAAUAUGAAUAUUCCAACAUCCAACAUGAGAUUACGUUCUCCAGUCGGGAGUAGUAGUGGACAUUACAAUUCAGAUUGUAAUAACAGUAUUCCUACUCCUGAAAGACGUCGCCAGAAUAGUCAUUUAGCUUCAAACAAUAUUGCAUCUCAUUCACCUGGUGUAGUAUCUCAGUCAUCAAAUCGUUUACAGUCUCCUCCUGUACAUUAUUCACAUUCAGAAUCCCGAUCAUUUAAUAACGAUAGUAAUAAUAAUAACAAUAAUAAUCGUACACCAACUCCAGCAGCUAAUCGUAUACAUCAAUCUCUGUCUGGUAAUAAUGACUCUUCAUUUGUCGUUGGUCCCACAGUACCUGGAGGUGGUGGUGGGAUACCUCCGGCACAAUUAGCGCAACUAGCUCAUCUUGCUCAAAUGUCUGGUCUUCCGCCUGGUUUUUCAUUUCAGGAUCCAGCAGUGUUGAAUGCUUUCGCUUUGGCUGCAGCAGCAACCUCUUUGGUGGCUAGUGGUGCUAAUCAAUCAGAUAUGCUUACAGAUACAAAUAUGUCAGCGAAUCCAGUCGAUCGAUAUCGGUCACCGGUCCCGUCGUACACAUCUCCACAACCACAUCAACAACGUUAUCCUCCUACUAAUUCACAAACGCAACAACAACAGAAAGCGGCAGCUGCCGCAGCCGCAGCGGCAAUGGCCAAUGCUUUUGGUUUACAAAGUUUACCAGCUCAAUUUAAUCCACGUUUAUCAUCACAACCACCAUAA